AUGCAAAUUAAAGAAAUCAUUGACAAACAUAAGGGUAUCCAUGCUCAGGAAGUAACAUUGGCAAUUCCGCAACUGCUCAACAAUGUCAAGAAGCUAAGCCUUCUUCCAUUAGUAGGUCUCUUUAGACCCUCCUCUUUAGGAAGAACAGGUGCUCCUAGACAGUCCAAGAACACCAAUUUUCUUCUUCUUUAUGACAUUCGGUACAUACAUAAUGAAUUUCUAGCGGGUGUUAAACCAGUCCAAUACAUGUUCUCUCUAGAAAUAGAGCAUGGAAUAAUUUAUCUUGACACAUGUGCUUUCAAAGAAUUAAUGAUCUUCCUUCUACCCCCACUAAAAGGAUGGUUUAUCUUCGCAUGGAGAGAUUUAGUUACUUUGAACUGGAGAGAGGAUAUCGCAUGCUGA